UCGAAGAGCAAGACUCUCAAAUCUCAAAGCUAAUGGACAAGGUCGACAAUGCUGAAACAAGCCACGCGAAGGACAAACGAACUGAAAAUCGUGAGGAGUCUGAAACGUCCAAGCAAGAGCAAUAUGAAGAAAGAGAGAAGACUCCAUUCCAACACUCGUCCAUGGGAAUGGUCCCCAUUGAUCAACUGAAGGAUUUCAUCAUGGGAACAAUUAAGGACAAACUUGAUGGUGGUUCCAAGUCAACCCACAGCUACGUCAAGCCAUAUUCACCAAGGAUCGAUAACUUGAGGAUGCCUGUUGGAUAUCAACCUCCCAAGUUCCAGCAGUUUGAUGGCAAGGGCAACCCGAAGCAACAUAUAGCCCACUUUAUUGAGACAUGCAACGAUGCGGGAAUCCAUGGUGAUUAUUUUGUGAAGCAGUUUGUUCGUUCCCUCAAAGGGGUUGCAUUCGAUUGGUACACUGACUUAGAAGCAAACUCCAUCGAUAGUUGGGAGCAAAUGGAGCACGAAUUCCUUAGUCGCUUUUACAGCACAAGACGUACAAUCAGUAUGAUUGAGCUCACUACAUCUCGACAAUGGAAGGAAGAGCCAGUCAUCGACUACAUCAAUAGGUGGAGGAACCUAAGUCUAAAUUGCAAGGAUCGUCUGUCUGAGGCUUCUGCCAUUGAGAUGUGCAUUCAAGGUAUGAGUUGGGGUCUUCGUUACAUCCUUCAAGGAAUUCGGCCGAAAACAUUUGAAGAGCUAGCGACUCGAGCCCACGACAUGGAGUUAAGCAUGACCGCAAGCGGAGCUAAUGGGCCACCAAUCCAAGAACCCCAAAGCUCCAAGGAUAGAUAUGAGCAAAGGAAAGGGGGCAAGUUUUCCUCGAAACCGCAAAAUAAGGAGUCCAUGACGAUCAAUGCUAUGCCUGUCAAAUUCAAAGGAAAAUCUGCUGAUAAAGCC